GUCUGGGACAAAAGUGAAAAUGGUGAUUGGCAUUGCACUGCCAGCUGGAAGACACACAGUGGAUCUGUGUGGCGUGUGACGUGGGCCCAUCCUGAAUUUGGGCAGGUCCUGGCUUCCUGCUCUUUUGACAGAACAGCAGCUGUAUGGGAAGAAAUAGUGGGAGAGUCAAAUGAUAAGCUCCGAGGCCAGAGUCACUGGGUAAAGAGGACCACUCUAGUAGACAGUAGGACAUCUGUUACAGAUGUGAAGUUUGCUCCCAAGCAUAUGGGACUUAUGUUAGCAACCUGUUCAGCAGAUGGAGUUGUCAGGAUUUAUGAAGCUCCAGAUGUGAUGAACCUCAGUCAGUGGUCGCUGCAGCAUGAGAUCUCCUGUAAGCUAAGCUGCAGCUGUAUUUCUUGGAAUCCUUCAAGCUCUCGAGCCCAUUCUCCGAUGAUUGCUGUGGGAAGUGAUGACAACAGUCCAAAUAUAUUGGCUAAGGUUCAAAUUUAUGAAUAUAACGAAAAUACAAGGAAAUACGCCAAAGCAGAAGCCUUGAUGACAGUCACAGAUCCUGUGCAUGACAUCGCGUUUGCUCCCAAUCUGGGAAGGUCCUUCCACAUCUUAGCUGUAGCAACCAAAGAUGUACGAAUUUUCACACUAAAACCCCUAAGGAAAGAAUUGACGUCGUCGGGAGGAUUAACCAAGUUUGAAAUUCAUAUUGUGGCACAGUUUGAUAACCACAACUCCCAGGUGUGGCGAGUGAGCUGGAACAUCACAGGCACUGUGCUUGCCUCCUCUGGUGAUGAUGGCUGCGUUAGGCUCUGGAAGGCUAAUUACAUGGACAACUGGAAGUGUACUGGUAUACUGAAAGGUAACGGGAGUCCAGUGAAUGGUAGCUCUCAGCAGGGAAUUUUUAAUGCCUCUCUAGGUUCAGCCAAUACAAGUCUACAGAACUCACUAAAUGGAUCAUCUGCUGGCAGAAAGCAGAGCUGAUACCAAGCUAACUGGAGUAACUUUGGUGUUUUGCUGCUUGUUGCAUGCACACAGGAAUGGAGAACGAACUCCUUUUUCCCCUCCCCAGCGCCGUUUGACCUCUCCCAAGACACCAGCAGCCUGCUAACUACUAAAUGCUGUUCCAAAAGCCUUUUAAGCACACGUUGUACGUUUUUGUACUAGCCCGCACAGUUUGGUACUGUUGGAACUCCUGAUAGAAAAUUACUUGGAGAGGCUUCUUGUU